GACGCACUCGCAGUUCAGGAAGUGGAUGAGUCGCUUCUCAACAGCUACGAUCUGGGCAUACUAGUAGGAAAUGUGGCGCAUGAAGAACCCAGAUUUGGACGAGAGGAAACGACAUACUUGUUGAUCUCCUUUGCUUUCUCCCAGGAUUACAGAGAUACACUCUCACCGUAGGGCAGCAUGUCCACAUCAGUUGUUUGCUUGCUCGUUUUACUUCUUACACUCAUCGUGUCCGUCGUGUCAGGUCUCCCGAAGUACACCGUUACUCCUGGUCCUGGCACCACCCUCAACAUCAGCAAUAGCCAAGGCAAAGGAUGCCAAGUGUGUAAAGGGUCAGGACGCACACGAGAAUGUAGUACUUUUCUGUCAUCGUAUGGCAACACUCCUGUCACUGUGGAGUUUGAGUGCUCCAAACCUGAAGACGUAUUCACUGUGGAAAUUGCGAAAACGAUAGCAUGCACAACUUCGUCGUGCAAUGGCUCCAUCAACCAGGCCGACACCAGCUCCCUCCCUUUGCUGAGGUUUAAUCGCACCUUCACCUGGAAUAUAAAGGCCUCACCGCCAAAAGCCUUCAAAAUAGACUUCGCCGAGUUGGGUCUGCAACAGAUCGAUCCGUCUGAGAGAUGUCCAGACAAACACACCUACACCCUGAAGGCCUUGCAGGCUACGGGAAGCGUGACUUUAGGGAAAUACUGCAAAACGGGCACAGUCACUCGUGCUCAGAUACUGAAUCAGGGCAGCCUCUCCUUGGAUGUCCCAGCAGGGCAGACACUGCAAAGCGGCCAGUUUGCUGUGUCUGUGGGGGAAGAAAUCAAAUCCCUCGCCAGACUUUCAGUGUCCUCACCAAAAGGAGCCUCGUCCUCGGAGCUUCUCUCGGCGAACUACCCGGACAGUUUUCCUGAUGAUGACGUGAUGGAGUGGUACUUUCGGAUCCCGGAUAAGCACGAGGCAGCUGUUGAGUUUCUAAAAUCAACAGAGCCGCGUUGUUUGAAGAAGGAGGUGGCGGUGGAAUACCACGGGAAAGAUAUACCGCCGUCAGUUCUGACACUGAUGAAUGUCCAGCCGAGCCAGAUUAAGAGUAAUUUCUUACUGACGCUGAGGAACUGUGAGAUGGAUAUAAGCCCUGCUGGUUCUCCUCGGCUCUCCCUAAGACUGAAGGUGUCCGUACGUCCAUUAGACUCGUGUGUAGUGGAUCCCAGCAAAAUAGAGGGCGUUUCCGUCCACAUCGUUAAGUUGAGGCCGUCCUGCAAGAUGACACUGAACUUCGAGGAGAGGGAGACGAUCACAGUCACAUCGGAAAGCGCGCUGUCUUUCCGGGACUGCCUUCCUCAGGAUAUACAAGUAACCGCCACAAGAGUCAUAGAUUGUAGUCAUCCCAAAGACUGCCCGGCGACUCCGGUCCGGCUGCUGGUGCCCAAGUUACCAUCCUGCCUCCCCGCGACUCUCAGCAAAAUAACCUGGACGCUCCGUCCUGCUCAGCACGGCACAGUCCAGCUGACCGCUCCCUCCGGUCCCCUCAAACAAUCUCUACCCGGGCAACAGUGCAGGGACAGCGUCACCAUCAACAUUGCUGAAGGAGAUGGGACUACGAUUGGACAGUUCUGCCCUAAGGGAAACAUAGAGAAAGUCCAAAUCCACACCAAUGUGUCCGUCACGUGGCAGCUCACCACGCAGGGUAGAACAACAGGGAGGACGUACAUCAAGCAUGUGCUGAAUGCCAGUUUUGAAAAGGAGAUAUCAGAAAGAUACAUAUUCACCGUGUCUCCAACGAAAGACGCCCCUGUCCUCGUGGCUACGCCCGGCUGGCCAUCGGGCAUGCAGCCUUACGACACCGUUUCCUGGAUCGUCUCCGUCCCCCCAAAGAUGGAGGCGCACCUCAUGUUUGCCAACCUCAGCCAGCCCAAGUGCAGCCUCCGCCACACCAACAUCAAGGUGCAGAGGAUCGGCAGCCGCGAGGAGGACUACAGCCGCAGGGAGGAUGAGGAGGCCGAGAACGAGAUCACGGUCUCGGAGAACUUCUACCUUAACAUGUCCAACUGUAUGCCAGAAAAAAACGACUUCAGUGUGAUCACCAAGAUCACCCUGCAGAAGAGCAAAAGUCGUCUUCUGACCAUCAUCCUGAGUGUGGUGGCUGCUCUACUGGUCAUUUUUAUCGUUGUGCUGGUGGCAGUCUGCGUGGUGGUCAGGAAAAAGAAGAAGAAUCUCGAGCAUCAAGUGUCCAUCUACAACCCAAAUGGCACCGUCUUCUUGCCCGGACACAAUGGAUUCCCAGAGACACGCGAAGACGACGAGUCCCAUGUGUAUGCCUCCAUUGAGGACACGCUGGUCUACACGCACCUCCUGAAGAAGGGACAGGAGAUGGGCAUCUACGAAGAGAACGACACGGAUCGGCCCAUCGCAGACUCACAGAAGCCGCCGGUUUCUAAACAGAGCGUCGCAGACGGCGCGGAGGUCGGGACGCACCUCCUGAAGAAGGGACAGGAGAUGGGCAUCUACGAAGAGAACGACACGGAUCGGCCCAUCGCAGACUCACAGAAGCCGCCGGUUUCUAAACAGAGCGUCGCAGACGGCGCGGAGGUCGGGACUUAUCAGCCUUUCCGAUUCUCAUCUCAAGGUCCUCCGCUCCCCAACAGGCCUCCGAGCCACACUCUACCCAUGGUGCAGAAUGAAAUUUACCAGACCGAGGGCCACGGCGAGCAGGAGCGUUCUCCAAAUCUGGGGGCCCGGCUGGAGCCGGAGGGAGGGAACUGAGCAGAAGAUUGCAUUCAGCUUCCUGAUUUUCUCUUGACCUACUUGAACUUCGUGGUAUUCAUUCCCUGGCGUCCGUGUGAUUGCCUGCUGUUCGGCCUUGUAAGAUGACUUUUUUUCCAUCUUUGCCCUGACGUGAGGCACAGGAAAUAACUCUGUUCAAACCUGCCUGCAGCUGUUACCCUGUUUGUGUCUUAGAUGAAGGCGUCUUUGUUUCGAAAGCUGCUCUUAACCAUUCCCUUUUAUGCAAGUUACAGCCUCGCUUGUUGCUUUUGAGCAUUGAGGAAUUUUAAUUUGAGAUAUUUUGUUCAUGUGCAUGAGUUUCUUUCCAUUAUAUUGGAGAAAAAGAAAGAUGUUAUUGCAUUUUUAUAGCAUCAUUGGAACUUGAGGGCCUGAAAUGCGGUGGAUUGCAUCGUGUGUACAUAUGCAUGGAGGACUGUCUAUUUCUAUUAUUUAUCACAGGUUUUGCACGAGUUAUCUCACUACGCUAAAAAUAAUUCUCAUUCAGGGGCCAAUACACUCCACUGCUAAUAGCGCUUAUGGUCUUAGAGUUGUUUUUAUUUUUGUUACAGGGUUGAACAAAAAUUUGGACAAUACUUUGGAGAAUCUGAUGACUGAUUGGCUACGAGCCUUGACCUUUUUGGGUCAUCAUCAGUGAGGAUGAUUAGACAGAGACCAAGUUCUAGCGGAGCGGGAGCAGUGACAUGCAACACAUUUCUACCAUCUUUGAACUUUUAUGUUUUUGAUUGGUGAGAAUCUGUUUUAGAAGUGUGAUUUCACAGGUGUCGUCGGUGCUCAUCACCUUUUAAUGUAGUUGUAAAAAAGGCUUUGUUUGUUGAGGAGCCUGAACAAACUGAUCUUAGAGCGUUAGGAUAUUUAUCAAGUCAUUUUUUUUCCUUUCUAAAGUGUUGUAUUUUGCAUUUUCUGGGAUGGACACUUCCCAGCUUCAAUCAGCCUUUGCCAUUAGAGCCUCGCAGAAUGUGCUGCGAGGGGAAAAUUCUUCAGGACGACUUUAUCUUGGAAAUUCAUGUCGCCGCCUCCUGCGGUUCAGAAAAUGAGUAGCAGAGGGAGACAAAGACCAAAGUUGGCUGCAAACCCACACUCCCCCCCCCGACUCCCCCCGAGGAAAUAAAUUAUCCACGGGUUCACUGUAGUUGUGAAGUUGUAAACUCGGAAGAGGACAUGCUCUCUGAAAGCAGGGAACGUCCAUGGAAACAUCCAAACAUGUUGAUGUGAUGUGAGCUUCACUGGAAUGACUAAACUAAACUAUGUCUCUUGUGCCAACACCAAAACUGAUGGAAUUGGGUAUGUGGGCGGACAGACACGAAAAGUUAGUGCACUGAAGAGAAAAUAAAUGGGGAAUGUAAACUAGUUUGUGUUUCACAUGGAGAUGUAAAUAUUCUUAUUGGCACACCUGUGCUGGUGUGGUGUGCAUACUUACAUCAACAGGACAAACCCUAACGGUUUCAAAUAUGAGUUGAGCUUAUCCCUGCGACUGAAAAGCCUUGUAAAGAAAGUUUUGAUUGGUUCCACUCCACCCAGCUGAGCCUGUCAAAUACAGAAACUGUGGGAAAUGAAAGCAAGCAUAAGCUAAGACAACUUGUUAAUACUCAUCAUUGUGUCGGCCACGUUCUUUUUUUAGGAGUUCUUACAUAAUCAUCUCUGAUCCCUUUUCCACUUGAGCAAUAAAACAAUGAGUGUUACAUAA